CUGCUUCAACUCCUUAUCGAGAAAAGUCGCCAUCAGGCCAUGCGGCCUCGGUUUGAAUGACGGCCUACAUUUCCCAGAAUGCACCGGAACCGCGUUUUGUGGUGGGCAAAGCAACUCAAUGGCGGGUAUUUCCAUGCGACUACUGAGAUCCGUGAAGAGAACCUGAAUUAUUUCUCCUCCUCAGACUGAAGUGAAUUAAACGGAACCUUGAUGGCGGAACUCGGCUUCCGGUGUGUGUUCCUGCUGCUACUGAUUUGGUGUUGCUCCCAUGUGUGCCAGGCUGCUAAACUCAACAUCCCCAAAGUCCUGCUCCCUCUGGCCAGGAGCACCAAGAUCAACUUCACCCUGGAGGCCACUGAAGGCUGCUACAGAUGGUCAUCGAACAGACCCGAGGUGGCGAGUGUUGAGUCCGUAGGCAUGGACGAGCGUCAGUGUUCUCAGAGAGCCGUGCUCCAGGCUCGCUCCACUCAGCUCUCACGCCUGACCAGCAUUAUUCUAGCCGAGGAUGUCGUGACCGGACAGGUGUUACGCUGCGACGCCAUCGUGGAUGUCAUCAACGAGAUUCAGAUCGUCUCCACCACGCGGGAGCUCCAUCUGGAGGACUCACCCCUGGAGCUGAUGAUCCAUGCUCUAGAUUCAGAAGGAAACACCUUCAGUACUCUGGCUGGUCUGGUGUUCGACUGGAGCCUCGUGAAGGGCACUGAGACGGGCAUGAUCCCCGAUUCCUACAGCUCGUUACGAGUGCUAAAGUUCUCCGAGUCGACCUAUACACCACCCACGUACAUUUCGGAGAUGGAGCGAGUGGGGAAGCAGGGAGAUAUCAUUCUGGUGUCUGGGAUUAAAACUGGCCACGCAAAACUGAAAGCUAAAAUCCAGGAGCCGCUCUACACGCAUGUAGGAGCUGCUGAGGUGCGACUGCUGAUUCUGGAGAACAUCCUCCUGAGCCCCGCCUACGAUGUCUACCUGCUGGCCGGAACCUCCAUCAAGUACAAGGUGCAGAAAAUCCGGCAGGGAAAGAUCACAGAGCUCUCCAUGCCGUGUGAUCAGUAUGAGCUCCAGCUGAAGAACAGCGUGGUCGCUCCUGGAGGUGACUUGAAUUCGGUGGUGGCCGAGCUCGAUCCCGGCACCUCCACGGUCCUUGCUCUUUGGCACGGACACACCAAUGUCGUCCUGGACCACAAGACUCUGGGGAUGAAGGGAGCGUCCAGACUUCCGAACAGCACGCUGUAUGUGGUGGAACCCGGAUACCUGGUGUUUAAGAUAAACCCCGGGGAACGCUGGGUUCUGGAGACCGGAAGAAACUAUGAAAUCUCUAUUGAAGUGUUCGACAAGUCCAGCAACAAGAUUUAUCUCUCAGAUAACAUCCGGAUAGAACCCACCUUCCCUAAGGAGUUCUUCGAGGUUCUGGAGUCCUCCCUGAACGGAUCGUACCACCGUGUGAAAGUGAUGAAAAAUGGACAGACGACUAUCGAGGGGAUGCUGAGGGCCGUCGUCGAUCAGAGAGGAACUGAGCACGCACUUCCUGUUCCCGUGAGAAACGAACAGGAUGUCGAAAUUUACAACCCCAUCGUCCUCAAUCCCUCCAUCCUCACGUUCCCAUGGCAGCCGAAAGAAGGAGCAUAUCAGUACACCAUCAAGGUGACCGGAGGAAGUGGAAACUUUAGCUGGUCUUCCUCAAACACGGCCGUCGCUACGGUUACGGUGAAGGGCGUGAUGAAGACUGUGCGUGACAUCGGAGUGAGUGCGGUGUACGCCCACGACCUGAGGAACCCGCUGCAUUACGGAGAGAUGAAGGUUUAUGUGAUUGAGCCUGUGAGGAUGGAGUUCGCUCCGUGUGUGGUGGAGGCUCGGGUGAAUCUCACCCUGGAGCUUCCGCUGCGCAUUUUCGGUCAGCUGAGCUCGGAGGACAGGGAGAAGGUCACUCUGAGCGACUGCUCACACUUUGAUUUGCAGGUGCAGAUGGAAAAUCACGGUGUGUUUCAGCUGCAGCAGGGGCGUUUACCCCCGGGCCAGCAGCACUGUAGCGGUGUGCGUGUCCAGGCCAUAUCCCCAGGUUACACAAACCUGCUGGUCACUUACACACAUGGAAAUGUUCACCUGAGCGCCAAGAUCACCAUCGCGGCAUACCCACCUCUCCGAGCUGUGGAUCCAGUGUCGGUCGCUCUGGUUACUCUCGGCUCCUCUAAGGACAUGCUUUUUGAGGGCGGACCAAAGCCGUGGAUUCUUGAACCUUCGAAGUUUUUCAGAAACCUGACCGCUGAGGAUAGUAGCAUUGUCACGCUAACGCUAACGGGCCCAACGUCACGCAACUACUUCACUCACCACAUCCGAGCAUUGUGCCGCGCCCUCGGGGAACAGGUGUUGGCGGUGACGGUGGGGAAUCAGCCGACGCUCACUAAUCCCUUCCCUGCGGUGGAGCCGGCGGUGGUGAAGUUUGUGUGCGCUCCUCCAUCACGCCUGGCGCUCAUCCCGGUCUACACCACGGCUCAGCUCGACCUGUCCUGCCCUCUGCUGCAGCACAACAAACAAGUGGUUCCUGUGUCUAAUUACCGGAACCCGGAGUUGGAUGUGGUGGCGUUUGACCAGCAAGGAAGGAAGUUUGAUAACUUUAGCUCUCUGAGUAUGAUGUGGGAGACGUCCAAAGCGGCACUGGCCAGCCUUGAGUCCAACAAGCCCAUGGAGCUGUAUGUCACUGAGGAGACCAACACCAAGCAGAAGAAACUUCACGGACGUCAGAUGGUCUUUGUUCAUCAUGAGUCAGGCGUGGCUGCCAUCACUGUGAGUGCGCUGGGAUACCAGACAUCUCACCUGGAGAAAGCAGCUGUUCUACCAGGGUUUGAACCUCUGAUGAUGGUCUCUGCUACACUGGAUCUGCUGUUGGUUGAGGAUGUCACAGUGACCCCGCAGUCUGUGUCCAUUUAUAAUCACCCUGAUGUUCGGGUGGAGCUCAUGCUGAGAGAAGGCUCCGGUUAUUUCUUCAUCAAUACAAGUGUUCAGGGAAUCGCUAACGUGGAGUUUCAGGAGUCUCAGGGAACUGCUGAGGUGGUCCCACUGCGCCCCGGUGUCCUCCAGGUGAUGGUUCACGACCUCUGCUUAACCUUUCCCGCCCCCGCCACAACCACAGUGCACGUUUCGGACAUCCUGGAGGUUUAUGUGCGUGUGGUAGAUAAGGUGGAGAUCGGAAAGUCUGUGAGAGCGUACGUUCGAGUUUUGGACAACAACAGAAAGCCGUUUCUGGCCAAAUAUUUUUCUCACAUGAAUCUGAAACUGAAAGCUGCAUCGUCCAUCGUGUCUCUGCAACCUUUAUCAGAGCACUUUGAGAAGGACACGACUACAUUCCUGGUCAAAGGCGUGGUGAUCGGUCAGACCAGUAUCUCUGCUUUCGUUACCGAUAAAAAUGGGAGAACGAUCACGUCUGCACCACAGCAAAUCGAAGUUUUUCCACCUUUCAGGCUGCUCCCGAGGAAGGUCACUCUGAUCAUCGGGGCAGUGAUGCAGAUCACAUCAGAAGGAGGUCCACAGCCUCAGUCCAACAUCCUGUUCUCUUUAAGCGACUCACACAUUGCUUCAGUUAACAGCAUCGGUCUGGUUCGGGGUGUUGCAGUGGGCAACAUGACCGUUACAGGAGUCGUGCAAGCCAUCGAUACAGAAAGCGGGAAACUGGUGGUGAUCUCACAGGAUCAAGUGCAGGUGGAGGUGGUGCAGCUGAAAGGUGUCCGAAUCAGAGCACCGGUCACCAGAAUGAAGACUGGCACCAUGAUGCCAGUGUAUGUGAUGGGUUUAACGAGCACCGAGACUCCAUUCUCCUUCGGUAACGCUCUUCCAGGACUCACCUUUCACUGGAGCGUAACCAAGAGAGACAUCCUGGAGGUCCACACGCGCCAUUCAGAGGCCUCUGUUAAACUUUCUGCUGAGCACAACUUUGCCAUGAGUGUGUCCGGCUGCAGUAAAGGUCGCACUGGACUGAAGGUGGUGGUGCGAACAACGGUUCCUGAAGCAGGGCACUUGUGGGGCAACAAGCUGGAGCUGAGUGAUGAGAUUCAGAUCCAGGUGUUUGAGAAAUUGCAGCUGCUGAAUCCAGAAGUGCAAGCUGAAAAGAUUCUGAUGUCCCCAAACUCAUUAUUAAAACUUCAGACCAACCGGGAUGGAGUGGGUUCUCUGUCGUAUCAGGUUCUAGACUGUCCUGAUGCAGCUCCUCUCAUCCAUGUGGAUGAUAACGGCCAUCUCACGUCAGGCUCUCUGGCAGGCACAGCGUCCUUACAGAUCACCGCUCAGGAGAGCUUCGGAGUCAACCAGACCAUUAUUAUCGCUGUGAAGGUGGUGACUGUGUCCUACCUGAGACUGAGCACCGGUCCAGUUUUCUACACCUCUAACAGGGAGACACUGUCGGCGUUCCCUCUCGGCUCUGUCCUCACCUUCACUGUCCACUUCCAUGACAGCAGUGGUGAAGCGCUGCACAGCCACAACUCCCAGCUCACCUUCUCCACCAACAGGGAUGACCUGGUGCAGGUGGGUAAAGGUGUGAGUAACAGCUCUCUCACAGUGAGGACAGUAAACGUGGGUUUGACGCUGUUGAGCGUUUGGGAUUCGGAGCAGAGCAGCCUGGUGGAUUACGUCGCUCUUCCCGUUCAUCACGCCAUUCAGCCGGCUGACGCCCACAACCUGGUGCCCGCUGACGUGGUGUGUUUUUCAGCUCAGCUUUUUAGCCAUGAAGGGCUGUCAGGAACGUGGAGCUCUUCAUCCAGCUCUAUCCUGGAGAUCCAUCCCAAAACGGGUGUGGCUGUAGCUCGAGACGUGGGAACGGUGACAGUUUAUUAUGAGAUACCAGGACAACUGCGCACUUACAGAGAGGUGGUUGUGAACAGCAUCUCCAGGACAGUCGCUAUGGUUCCCUCAGAUUCUUUGAGAAAUGAGAGAGAGACCAAAGUGCACCUGACCACCAGAGAACGAGGAACCAACCUUAUAGGAAGCUGCUCACUCACUCAGUUGGAAAGCAUCGCAUCUCUGCAGCCAGAGAAGUCCAUCAGCUGCCAUCUGCAGUUCACCAGCGAUGCCGUGGACUUCUCCGCUCACGACGUCUAUCACACACACACUACUUUCGACACCAGCACAGGUGUCUACAGCUGUGCGCUGACCCUCGGCCCGUUGACGGAGCAGCAGGUGAAGGUCCUGGGCAUGUCCAUGAGCAGCGUAAGGGUGGAGGCGGAUGUGGAGGGAAGUCGUUUUUCAGGAGAGCGAGUCAGUGCUGAGCUGCAGGUGAAUCCCGGGUUCUAUGCGGAUCAGACGCACAUCAUUCUGAGCAGCCAGCACACCACCGCUGAGCUCAGUGUGUUCGGAGCCAUGGGACUGUUGCAGCAUCUUCAGGUGAAGUCGAGCUCUCCCUCCAUCCUGGUCCGGGAGAAGGAGGUCUCCUCCACCUACCCGAGCUUCAUCAGAUACACCGUGACCCUGCUUAACCUGUGGGACAUCACGUCCGCCUCUCUGACCGUGUCCAGUCCCAGCAGCACACAGCAGCUGCUCAUCCCCAUCACUGUUGUAAACACUGUAGACACCGGCUCCACCAGCAGAGGCGUGGGAGGAGGAGAGGGAGUCGGGAUCCUGCAGCAGUUUAUGGACUCCUAUCAGGUCAUGUUCUUCACCCUGUUCGCUGUCCUGGCCGGUACGGCGGUCAUUGUUAUCGUGUGUCAUGCCAUCUUCUCUCCCAGAGACCCACCGGUCCAUCCUGCCUUCAUCCAGAAAACUCCGCCCCCUCCAGCGUCUCCGGCGGCGAGUCGCUUUAACCAGACGCUUCACUCGUCUGGCCUGAGGACUAGCCCCAAGCUGUUCUCUCCAGACUACAACUCUCGAUGAGGUCAGCCUCAGACGUGCGGCCGGCCUGCUUCAAGUGCCUUUAAUACCAAGACAACCAUAUACCACUCUGUGUGUGUGUGUGUGUAUUGCUUCCUUUUGCUAAUUUGUUUUGUUUUUAAUUUGGUUGGUUGUUUGUUUUUUAUUUGUUUAUUUAUGAUAGCGAACAAUAUUCUACCUUGUUUUUUUUUUCUUUUGUAACUCUGGGCAUUUUUAUUCCGAUCCAUCUGAUGAAUCUGUGAACACGUGAAAAGAAAAAAAGAAAAGAAAACUCAGGACCUCACAUCCAACCUGAUCAUGAUGUGAUGUAGCGCCUUAUUAUUAUUAUUAUUAUUAUUAUUAGAGUAUUGUGAAUGUAGGCACAGAGCCGUCACUGAAUCCGUCCUCGCUAUGCAUCACUGAAAAUGUGUGAAAAAUAUCCUUGGCCAGUGUUUUUUGUUGUUUUUUCCAUGAAGUGAUGAUGUUUCUACUGUUUCUGACGAAGUUUAAAAAGCAUCUCGUCCGAUCCACUGGGCAGCUUCUCCUGGACUCGUGUGAAAUAACUGGACACAAGUUUCUGCUUUCACUGGAGGUACAAAAGUCUGAGCCAGCUCGCAGGAAAGAAGUCCCAUAAUUAUAAUAAUAAUAACCUCAAGAAGCGAUGUGCGGGGGCCAAGCACCGUUUCCUGCUCUGUCCCAGAGUGGCUAGUCAUUCUAGACGGUCACUUGGUUCGGACACUUGCACGAGGAGAAUCUCCGCACGCAGAUGAACCCCAACAGCACUGUACAACAUUUCAGUAGGAUCUCCUUUACACUGCUGGAAAUAAGAGUUAUCUGAAUUGAAUUGAAUUGAAAUGAAUCCUGUGGAUGGCCACGCCCCAACUUCUCACACAUGACCUCAGUGUUCAGUUCUUUAGCGUUGGAGCCGUCUAAAAUCCGUCUAAACUGAUUGAGGAAAUGAAGCCUCACUGUUCUGGUGUUCUGGAUUUUGUUGUUUAGAAACAUGUUUUUGCAAAAAUCCAAAGCACUCAUUCUGCAAACGUAUUUUUGAAAUAUCAGGAUCAGCUAGUUCAUCCUCGACGCCAUGAGCUUUAGAGACAAAGAAAAAUCCAGAUGAAGAUUCCAGUCUCUAGGUGCUUGGCCCCAUAAUCAUUUAUUUCAAACUAAUAUAAUACACUUACAGAAUUAUAAAGAAAUUCUAUUCGAUUUAUUCAUAAAAUUUAUAAUAAUGACAUUUUCUUCAAACACACACCCCGUGCUGUUCUGGUCCAUAAUUUAACAAAAAAUCUGUCAGAAUUGGAUUAUUGUUUUUUAAUUAUUGUAGAAUUAAAAUGAUGAUGCAGGCUAACACCUGGCUAACGCUGUACAUUAGCCAUGAACACCAGAGAUCAUUACACAGGGUUUUGAGCAAAGGUUUAAUGUGAAUAAAUCUUUAUUUUUUAUUUAUUUUUGUCCUAAGGGUGCACACACACAUUCCUCUUGUGUUAAGGCUUCACUUCAGGAAACCUAAAACCAAAACCAUGAUUCAAAUUAUUUCUGUUUCCUGAAUUUUUGACGUUUUAGAGGAAAUAGUGUGUUUGGUGCAGGACUUUUAAACUCUUUUUUUUGUUUUGUUUUACCAGGAUUCCUCACGUAUUCAGACCUAUUCUCUUUCCAGGUGUCUUUUGUGAAUUUUGUGAAUUGUUUUGAUCAAAAUUGUGAAUUUUUUUAGCGGUAUACCUCAGAGGUCAGGUCUAGGCACCAUGUUAGUUCUUCAGUUAGAAGACUGCAGCAGCGUAUAAAAUAUAAUUCUGUUUGUUUUUAAUUUUCUUGGGUGAAUCUUCAACAGUGUGCCUUUUUUAAAUUCAGUUCUGUUUCAACAUUUGUUUGCUGAUUUGUUUUUUUGGGGAUUAAAAACCUUUUUUCUAAAAA